UAUGUAUAAAAUCUGAAAAUAUUGAUUUCAUGGUUUUGAGGUUUUGAAUAAAAAUGCCUUUAAUAAUAAUUUGUGGGACACCAGUAAGUGGGAAAACGACGAGAGCGAGAGAACUAAAAGAAUAUUUCGAGAAGACUCAUAAUAAACAAGUGGAUCUCAUAUCUGAGGAAGAGACGAUACAUAAGUUAGGUUAUAAUAAGGAAUCGACGUAUUUAGACUCGCAAAAGGAGAAGAGAGUUCGUGGUUAUCUGAAAUCUGAAGCAAUUAGACUAAUCGGCAAAGACAAUGUAGUUAUUCUGGAUGGAAGUAAUUACAUCAAAGGAUACAGAUACGAAUUAUACUGUGCAUCAAAAGCGUCAAAGUCCACCCAGUGCACAAUCUACACAAUAAGAUAUCACCCAGAUGCCUGGGCAGAUAAUUUGCUGAGGAUCAAACAGAGGGAGGAAAACACUAAUGGAAAUGAGGAUGUAUUUACGGAACCGUACACUGAAGAAGUGUUCAAUGCACUUACAAAGUUGAGAUUUGAAGAACCCAAUAGGAAUAACAGAUGGGACAGUCCAUUAUUCUCAGUGCAACCAACAGACACAUUGGACGUUAAUGCAAUCUACGAUGUACUGUAUAAACGGAAACCACCCCCACCUAACAUGAGUACACAAAAUCCUCCUCUUACAUCAACAAACUUUCUUUACGAAUUAGACAAUGUAACGCAGGCUAUAUCCAAACGGAUUUUAGAAGCGAAAGAGUUUGACGCCUUCGAAGUUAAGUUCCCAGAGUAUCCAGGGUGCAUUAUAGAAGCUGGUUUCAUGCAUUCGGUGAACCCACAAAAUUUACUACGACUGAGAAGACAAUUUUUGACAUACGCUAAAAUGAACCAUUCUAAUGAAAAUGCUAGCAGACUGGGCAGAUAUUAUAUCCAGUAUUUGAAUAAAACAUAUACAGAUUGA